GUAUCCCACCUAUACAUGCAUUUAUGAUAAGCACGCAUUAGUAUACUUAUGCUAAAUGAACUUGUACAUUUUUGUUUGUAAAUGAAACGAAUUACCUAUGCUUGAAACUAAUUAAUAAAAGUUUAUUACAAGAAAUAUUAAAAUGUCUCUUAAUGUGCUUCGAAGGCUCUGUUAUGCCAGAGACGUUUGUAGACAGUACACUCUCAAUAACUGUUUUAAGAGUCGGCAAUGGAAAUUUUACUACACUGGCUCGCGGCACGACCCCAACGCUCAGCUCGCAACCGCUGGCACGAUUCAGCACUUAAAAGAAGAAUUAGCCGCUUGGAUGGGUGUAGAAUGUGGAUAUAAACCUCUUAACCAAACAAUAAGUCGUACCCACCUGCUGCAGUAUUUACCCACAAAGCAAAAGGAGCUACCGGACAGAACGAUGAGUGAUAGUUUUGUGUCCGCUCUAAUACCGCUUUCGAGUGAUUUAGAAUUACAGGAUAAGUAUGUUUCGUUCCUAGGGCAUGUGAGAGUCGGCCGCCUUUUGGAAGACAUGGACAUUUUUGCUGUGUACGUUGCCCAAAAGCAUAUAUUGAAUCCUAAGCAACCCAAAGAAAAGCAUUCACCGUACUCUCUUGUAACUGCACUAGUUGAUAAAAUUGAUUUUACCGAUUAUUUGCCGAAGUGUCAACCCAAUGAAGAUAUUCGUUUGUCCGGUCAUGUGAGUUGGGUGGGAACAUCAUCAAUGGAAGUAGUGGUUUGGUUAGAGCAGAAAUCGCACGGAGUUUGGCGGAAGUUAACGAGGGCACUUUUUCUAAUAGCCGCCCGCGAUCCCAUGGCACAGAAGGCCGCCGUAAUCAAUCCAUUAAUCGCUACCACAGACGAAGAGCGAGAGAUUCUUGCCGGUGGCGAAACGCGAAAGAAACAGAGGAAAUUGGAACAGAGCCAGCACUUGACCAAGGUCAUUCCAGACGCCGAGGAACAAAGUAUUAUACAUGGCCUCUUCGUACGGAGUGUAGAUGAAGUCAGCUUAAAAAGCCGUAAAUUACCCGCCGGAUGCGUAUGGAUGGAAGACUGCACUCUGUCGAAUAUAAUUUUUUCGCACCCGGAAGACCGAAAUUUGCACCACAAGGUGUUUGGUGGAUUUCUUAUGCGGCAAGCGAUGGAGUUAAGUUGGGCCUUAGGCUAUAUUUUUAGUAAAUACCGGCCUGCACUUAAAAGUAUUAGCAAUAUUAGUUUUAAUCGACCAGUUGAUGUUAGUUCGUUAAUUCGUAUGCAUGCCUAUGUAGUUUUUACACAGUUGCAGUAUAUUCAGGUUACGGUAUAUGCAGAAUGUUGGGACUCUGGUUCGGGCAUGACUGCAACUUCGAAUACGUUUCACUUCACUUAUGAAGUACCUGAUCAGGUUCCGGAGGUUUUUCCACGUUCCUAUCAAGAUGCGAUGAUGUAUAUUGAUGGGAGAAGACAUUUUUACAAUGUCAUGACUUCAAACGACAAUGUCAAUGAUUACGUUCACGCAAAAAAUACUGAUGGUACGAAAUAAGUUUGUAAUUUAACGUGGCAAAAUCGCCUGCACAUUUUAUACGAAAAAGUCAUGCGGGCACGAUUUAAAUUUUUGUUAAUUAUCUCUGGCUCAAUAGAAAAAUUCAUUUUUGCAAAUACUAAUGUAAGUAGGUACUUUUAAUAGAUACAACUGAACUAAUCUCUGAAUGUUUGUGAUAUUCAUAUAGCUCACCUUAACGGGAAACUGUUCGUAAGGCCAUUUUAUUGAUAAUUUUAAUAAUGUAUGUAAUUGUUGAAAUUUAUUAUUUUUUAAUAAAAUUAGCUUAAUUAAUUAA